UGUGGAAUAAAAUCUUCGAGAAAGAUUUAAAAAAUAAAUUCAUUUUAAAAUACAAUUAUCGAUACAAGUGUUUCUUUCCAGUGAUGAACUCAACGUUUGUAUUUGCGCUCUCUCCUUUUUUUUGCCUGACUGUUUCUCUGUAAAUUUGAUUGCUUGCAUUUGAUAAGAUAGAUAUCAAAUGAAGCAAUACAAAUAGUAUAUAAUCUGUUAGUGUCAAUUUAAAAAUCUCAACCAAAUCCUCCCUCCAAAUAAUUUCUCAAACAAUGGCAACGAGACCGAGCAUAAACAAAAAGAUCACCAAAUUGUGAAUUCAUUCAGUCUUUCUACUCUUCACCCAUUCUGGUUACUCUUGUUUCCCUUGUAUCUAUCUGUUAUUUUUCCUCUGAUCUCAUCUCUUAUGAUUUAUUUUUUACAUGCGACCUUUGAUUUAAUUAUUCCCAUUAGAUGUUUUCAUUCUCCUUUUUCUCAGCUACACCAAAUUUAGUCAACAAAGGUUCUAAUAAUGAUUUACUUGUGUCUACAAAUGAAAACAACUCCAGCCUAUCUCGGCUCUCUACAAUCCUUGGUGCACCACUGUUACCAAACAGCUUUUCGUCUAAGGUGAUUCAACCCAAUGGAUCGAUACCGCCCUCAUCAACAUCUUCUCAAUCUUCAUCACCAUCUUUACCAUCUUUAUCUUCUCAAUCAUCACCAUCAUUGUCGUCUUCAUCUCUUUCCUUAACAUCAAAUGCACCUCUUCAAACAACAACAACAUCAACAACAACAACCCAAUCUUCUGGCUCAAUAUCACCAACUACAAGUACAGUUACAACACUAGCAUCAUCUUCAUCAACACCUGCUACAACACCAACAUCACCAGUAUCGGAUUUUACCAAAUUUGCCGAGAAGAGAAGGAACCAAGCAUAUAAACAAAAUAGAACAUUAAGAUCAAUUUUGAGGAAUACAGCUCAACGAUUUGGUUUGCGAGAUCGAGUCUCAUCAACAUCAUCUACUUCUCAAGUAUUUUUGACAACUGCCCGACCAAAAAGUAAAAAUUUCCUGCGUUUUGAUUCAAUAUCAUUGUCUUAUGGUGACAUUUACAGCUCAAUUGUACCCUCUUGGGCCGGUGGAACUUCCAAUGAACCUGCAUCAGAUAUCGAAGAUGGACCAUUGGAAGAUAUUCAAAAGCAAGUCAAUAAAAUAGCGGAUCAACUUAAUGAAAUGAAAACAGUGGAGCAGAUGGGUUCAAUUGUUCACCAAUUUUAUCAAGCAAUGAUGUCUCGAUUUGAAGACCAUUCUGUUUUUAAAGAUAUUGUUCAGGUUUCUGUCGAUCAGCUGAUUGAUUAUACAGAAAUACGUUUACUGAGUAGCACAUGGAACACCAUUUUCAAUCAAAUAUUAAUUGAAGAUGAAGAAAAAGAUUUACAAUUACAGAAUCAAAUUCGAAGUCUUGACUGGAUCAUGACGGACCAUCUUGAGCUUUACCUCGAUCUAACCAAACCUGAUAUCUGUGAUUUUAUGGAUCAAGCAAUUGGACAUAUCAUUGAGAUGGGAUCAAAGAGCAUUCCUCUUCAAAAAUUAGAAUGUAUAGUCAAUUGUUCAAAGUCAUUACUUCAAUUGUUAAAUUUAUCCCGUGAAGGUGAACCCAUUAGUGCUGACUUAUUUUUACCAGCUCUUGUUUACACUGUCAUCCAUGCCAAUCCUCCAUUACUUCACUCAAAUAUCAGAUUUAUAAAUGAAUUUUCAUCACCUAAUCGCUUAGCUUCAGGAGAAGCAAGUUACUAUUUUACAAAUUUGUGCUGUGCAGUUGCAUUCAUUGAGAAGCUCAAUGGUGAAUCUCUCAACUUAUCUGAAGAAGAAUUCAAACGAUACAUUAAUGGAGGUGAACGACCGUCUAGAAAUAGUGAUCAAUUAAAAUUUAAUAACAGACCAAGUGAGGCUUUAAGACGGAUGAAUCAUAACAGCAAUUUAAUUGCAUCUCUUUCUGCCAAACAAAGUGCCCUUGAAAAUGAGAUUGACCAGUUGAAAAGGACAAUAAUGGUUCAACAAGAAUCAAUUCUAUCGCAGAUUGAUUCACUUUCAAAACCAGUGCCAUCAAAUGAUCACUCCAAUGAAUUGAGGAAAAUCGUUUACAAAUCAAGAUUAACUCAAGGUCCAUUUUACCAUGAAUUAAACACAAACAGUUGACCUUUCUAAAUAACAGUUUAAAUUACCAAUAGUUGCCAACUGUCAAUUGUUCAUUAUCAUAACAUUUACCUGUAUGAUGAUUGUUGCAAGUUUGAUCCAGACAAAGUAACCAAUAUUUUUUUAAAUUACACAUUUUAGAUUUUUCAAUCUGUAACUUUUUUUGAUUUUUGAAACCAACUAGUUAAAUAUUUUUUACGACACUCAUUUUAACACCAAUUAAACUAUUUGAUUUCGUA